UCUUGACAAUGUGUGCAGCCUCAGCUCUGUACACUUGCCUUCAACACAGAGAGACUCCAUUUCCUUUUUCUCUCUGCCUUUUUUGCACACAAAAUCUCAUUCGCAUAAUCCCAAGCACCGCCCUCGCUAUUUAUACGCCGCAUCCAUGUCCGUGGGGCGCCGGAGUUUUCCGGACCGCGACCUAGGGUUUCGUGCGCCUCGGGCUAGACUAGGUUUUGAGACGGCGAGGAGAAAAAAUGGAGUCCGACCGCCGAGCCAAGAGAUCGAGGACCGCGGCGGCAGAGGCGGGAGACGCCGGGGUCAUUGGACCCGAUGACGUGGCUCUCGCCAUUGAGAAGGUUAAGGAAGCUCAGGACGAGCUUCAAAAGAUUAAUAGAGAAGAAUGCCGUGAGAUAUUAGAAAUAGAGAAAAAAUACGACCAAGCGCGAGAGCCAGUAUACGUAAAGCGAGCUGAGAUCAUCAGUGGCAUACCGAACUUUUGGUCAGCUUCGUUCUUCAAUUAUCCUGGAAUCAGCAAUCUGUUGAACGCGGAGGACAGACUGAUAUUUGCGUACUUGGACUCUCUUCACGUGGAGAACUUUAAAGACGACAGGACGGGUUAUUGCAUCACAUUCGACUUCAAGCCCAACCCGUAUUUUGAGAACACCAAACUGACCAAGACCAUGGAGUUUUUUGACGACGGGACUCUGAAGUCAACUGGCACGACUGUCAAUUGGAAGCCGGGCUGGGACCCAUCUGCAUUCAGUGACAUAAGGCCAUGUCCUCAACACAGCUUCUUUGACUGGUUCGGGUUUCGCCCAGAGUAUACACUAGAGGCUGAUGGGGAUCCCGUUGCUGAGGUUAUUAAGGAAGAUAUAUGGGCGAACCCGAUGGAGCACCUUAAACAU